AAAAAAGCAGUGGCAGAAAUUGUUCCGAUUAGCGCGAGUGGAUCACAAAAAUCCGCGCGCUUCGACUUUGUAGCGCAGAAUGAGAAGCAUUCCCUUUGCCGUUGUUGUCAACUACCUUACACCAACGAUUCUCAUCUCACCGCUAUGAACCUCUAAUCUUCACUAUCAAACUCUUCAAAACUGUACUCAAAGUUCUUGCCCUGUGAUCUUCUCUGCAAGUUUAAUCCCUCUCCUCGGUAGCGUUUUAGAUGGCAAUGAUUCUCAAAGGAGGAGGCGGAAUUGGAGUUUCAACUGCUACUUACUUUCCUCAGAAUUCCAAACCUUCCCCAGUAUUCUCGGUUCACACGGUACAUAAGCUUCUAGCUGAACGCAGAGUCAUAUGCUGCUCUACCUUGCAGGAAUCAUCUACCCCAACAGUUUCUGCGGAGCCAAAGGAGAUAAAGGCAGUUCAGAAGGAAGCUCCAGCAAAGCCCAAACCGCCAGCAAAAGCGCCAGUGAAGCCACUGCCUCAAAUGAUGGAGGAAGAUGUCAUACCUUCACUCAAAGCGAUACUUGAAGCACAAGCCGAUGUUGCUGAUAUCGAGUUAUCGUUCCAAGAUGACAGAUUGGAUGGUUCAUUCUCGAAAAAUGGAGUUCCCUACUCAUUUUGGGCUUUCUUCCCCAAUGGCCUCACAGGUCCAAAAGGGUUUUCACUAUCCUCAUAUGGCAACGGAGGAAGCUCUGUUGAGCCAUUUCUGGUGGAUGAGAAGAAAGUUACAGCAAAGCUUUUAGUUUUUUGGAUUGAGAAACGUUUGGCUGCACAAGGAAUUAUUCCUGUCUGGAAAGACUAAUCAACGAAAUUAUUAUUCUUUUCCUUUUUUUUUUUUUUUUUUUGGUGGGGAGCUUCUUUGCAAAUGAUGUAUAGCAUAAUUCUCCAUUCUAUUGCAUUGCUCCAACAAUGUCAACUGUUCCUAUGAAAUGUAUCAACUUUUUAGUCCACAACAUAAUCUUCUCCCUUGUUUACUAUUUAGGAGCUUAAUGUUACCUUGCAUAACAAAAUGUAAAUUCUACAU